CCGCUUUCCCCACCCUCUCGGAGUAUCGCUCGCGGCGUCCGCGAAGCAAGGCAAUCCGAUGCCAGGGAGCGCCAUCAGCGGAGGCGCGGCAAGGGCGGCCGCGGUCGCGUGGUGGUUGCAGCGCCACCAGCGACUGCCCCCGACAGCGGAGCUCCUGCCACGCAGCCUCCUUGACCGCACGGUGGAGCUCGCCCACAAGACCGCCGCCGCCGCCGCCCCGGAUCUCGACCCCGACCUGCCCUGCUUCCUCGGCCCGUCCUCCCUUCCCGACCUCUGCGACGGCCUUAUUGGUAAUUAGCGCGGGUCUAGCAGGAGUGUGGCGGAUUCGUUGUGCGAUUCCGCGAUCUUGUCAGAUUGGAUAGCUAGGGCAAGACUACCAUAAAUGUCGUUCUAGUAGUAUGUCAAUAACGGUCCCUGGUUAUGCUUGAUGUGAUCCUUGUUUUGAAAUCCAUGUCUGUUCACCGAGUUAACUGAGGAUCCUUGGAAUACCUUAUUUCUGCCUA